CUUUCCGCGCACUCCGGCCGCUCCAGUCGCCGUUCAAGACAUUUUAAAUCUUUUGCAAGGAGGUUAUUUUUUAUUUAUAUUUUUAAACGAAGAGCUUUCUGUUUGUGUCUUUUUUUUUUUUAAACAUAUAAAUUAAUCCAGCGCGACUGCCUCCGGUUAGUCGGUCUGUUUGGGCACAAAUGAUGUGAGCACCGACAGCUGGAGGAGGACUGCGGACAGCUGUGUGUCCUAUGACAAAUGUGAUGGACCAGCAGAGGGCGCUGCAUUCAGGUUGCCUGGUCUCAGGGGUCCGUACGCCUCCCAUCCGCCGCAACAGCAAGCUGGCCAGCCUGGGACGCAUCUUCAAGCCCUGGAAAUGGAGGAAAAAGAAAAACGAGAAGCUGAAGCCCUCGACAGCGGUGGAGAAGAAGGCAGCUGUACGACAGAAGAGAGACGACCCGGCGAGGAGGAGCCCCGGGGAGACGGAGACAGAGUUGGAUCUCGCUUGUGGGGGUAACGGCGAGGAUCCAGACACCCCGACUCACUCUGACGGCGAGGACAGAGACGAGGAAGCUGUGGCGCCUCUGGCCAACACCAACGAAGACCUGGGCAGCGAUUUAGAGGCCUCGACAGUGCAAGAUGUGACUGAAGAUUCAAAGACAGCAGGAGAUCCCAGCCAGAGUGAAGACGGAGAAGACGAGAGCAUCUCAACGAGCAACCCCAGCGAGGAGCAGACGAUGGGGAAAGUGGAGGCGGUGGAGGGGAACCAGGAGGUGGCGGUGGCCAAACCUCAGAGACGAGCCAGCACCCCUCCUCCACCCAACCUGCCUGUCAAACUGCUCACCAGACUGGGCAGCUUAGAUGGUGCUCCUCCAGUACCAGUUAAGAAAUCCCCAGCGACCCUACCCAGGAACUUCACGCUCCCCAAAGACCCCCAUGGCUCUCUGUUGAGAGGCAGGAUCUCCACACCCACUGGGUCCCCUCACCUCAGUGGGACGCUGCACCCACAGCUGCCCCCCAGCUGCAUCAUUGAGGAACUGCACCGUGCCCUGGCCACCAAACAUAGACAGGACAGCUUCCAGGCUAAGGAGGCACGCUCAUCUCCGAAACGCCGACUGGACGGCCGUCUGUCUCGCACGUCCAGCACAGAACGGGAGCCCGCCGGGGAGUCGGAGAGCAAAAAGGAGUCCGACGAGAACAAGGAGAACUGGCGUCUGGAUGAAUACUUGAGCGACCAGGACAGCUGGAACGAGUCUGUGAUCUCUGGGCUCAUUGAAAACUGGGCCUCGGAGGCCCCUUGA